AUGGCAUACACCGGUCAUUGCAACUGCGGGAGCGUUCGAAUCACGCUUCGAGAACAACCGCCUGGCUCAGUCGUCUGUCACUGGUACGCGCGGGUUCCUCGGAUAGUAUUUGGCAUAACGAAUUUCGCUGAUAUUCUUAUUAUUAUAGCGAUAACUGCAAGAGAGCUGGCGGUGGUGGUAAGACUGCAUUCCUGGUCAAUUACCGCUUCGAUAUAUCUGUGCUCACUGCCUCAAGCAUUUUCCGUGAACUAUUUUGUCUCUGUUGAUGAAAUGACCAUCGAAGAUUCCAAUAAUACACUGAAAGCAUACAAUGAUGCAAAUACCGCUGAAGGACGGGUUAUACAGCGAUAUUUCUGCUCCAACUGUGGAAGCCCUGCCUUCACCAAGACUCCCAUGGCUCCUGGGAAAGUCUUCCUAAAAGGCUCAUUGUUUGAUAGCAUCGCGCCUUGCGCACAAGAAGCUUUUGGGGAAAAGCGAGUACCCUUGUUCCAGACGCAGUCGUCGGACAAGAGCAAGAGUGAAUAG